AUGCCGACAGAACGAUUCAAAAGCAUGGGUGGCAUACGGGAAUUUGCGUACAAACAGAUAGACACCUUUCAGUCCGGACGCAGUCAUAAUCAGUUUAUUCGAGUUACAGACGUUCCCGAGGCUAUAUGGUUAAAGUUGGACGAAUACAAACUUGGGGGUAGACGAAGUUACGAUUUCAAAACCCACGAGCUAGAUACUCGACCCACUCUAUCGCGGGGGCAUGAGAGAGCAGCUCAAGUAUUCCAGUUAGAUCUCAUGAUGAAGAUGGGGGCAAUGGGAGUCCUAGAACAAGAUCUGGAUCCGGUAGGAAGCACGACAUACCUGGGUGAUUCAAGAACCAAAGAGGCCGAUGCCGCUAUUGCACCCUACCCUCCUGUGAAUAUCGUGAUUAUCAUACGUCUUGAUCGGCAGCCGCGGACUAUCGAGCUCGAGGUUUGGAAGAUGCUAGAAACACCAACCGACCCCGAAAUUGCUUUGAGUGUUGAGUUGACGCCCAUGGGAAAUUCGGUUAUCUACCGGGCUUCCUGUGAUUUGCGCCUGUCAUUCCGUGACAUUAUGCCCCGUGAGCCGCCGGCUGGAGGGGAGGAGGUUGUUUUCUCAACGCUGGAACUGGAAGACUGGGCUCAGCGUAUAUUCAAACGGAUUAACGAAUGGGCUGACAAGGCAGCGAAGACGGCAUGUAAGCACCCCUCUGUCCCUGCCCCGAACCUCGCACCACCCCUAAGACGGCAAGCAAAGGAGCUGGCCCAUAAGGAAUAG